CCAGAUCUGAAUAUGCAUAACCUUACUUCGCUGGUCAAUCGACUCCUGCUCCUGCCACCGCACAAUGACAGUCCUCACUUGCAUCCUAGCCGCCACCGUAAUAAUCACCUGCUCUGCCACCAUCCCACCCAAUUUCAAACGAUGUCAGCGAACAAACCCACAAUUCCAAACUUGUUUGCUAGAAGCGGCGCAACACGGAGUCCAGCAACUAACCAAACCGUACCAAGAACUCGAUUUACCGAAUUUGGAGCCUCUGGAAGUGGCUGCUUUGACCGUGUCUGGUGGUAGUACCGUUUCGGCGGGCCAAAAUUUCAGCUCUUGCAGCGUCCAUGGUUUGACUGGCAUCAAGUUAGACAAAUUCCGACUGGAUUUGAAAACAAAGAUUUUGGAAGCUAGCGGUACCAUCAAGAGAAUGAAGUUCUCGUGCCGGUACGAGUUGGACGGGAGAACGUUCGGGGUGCCCGUUCAAAGUCAAGGAAACAGUACCAUUGCUUUUGAUGCUUUUAAGGCGAAUUUCUUCGCCCUUUUUGAUGAAGUGUUAAGGGCGGGGAAGACGUACUACCAGACGGCGUAUAGCGAAAUGACGUCAAGUGUCGACAAGGUUGACUUUCAGUUUGACCAUAAUUUCGAGGGGGGUAAAGUUUUGGAAAAUGUCGUUAAGCGGAUUCUGAACGAAAACUGGAGAGAAAUUUCCGGGGAAAUUCAAGAGGAUUAUAAUGGAGUGAUUCGACAAACACUGACGAAAAUUAUCGACAGAAUUUUGAAUAAAGUGUCCAUUGAAGAACUGUUUGGUUAGACGUGUUUCGUAUGAAAAAAUAGAUCAUUAGUUAUUAAUGUUUAAAUCGAGUUUGGCUUAUUUUAAUUUACAAUGUAUGUAAAUAUGACAUUUGAAAAACUGGUAGGCCUACAUUUUCCAAUUCUAAUAA